AUGAGACCGCCGGUCCCGGAUGUCGCGUUGCGUAGGGCCCGCAAGGCCUCCAUCGAACAGCAGUGGAUCGACCCCCGCAAUACUGCCCCCGCGACCUUCUUCCUGGCCCGCAGUCGUGAUCACGAUGCGGACGAGGAGCUCUCUCCUGAUGAGUCGGUUCCUUCGAGGGAUAGUAUGUAUGGUGUACAAAGCCUCGAAGAAGCCGUUCACGAUGUCAAUCUCUCUGGUUCCGAGUGCGAGCCCUAUCUUUCGGGUGGAAACCAUGAUUCCACGACUCCGAUCGGACAACAACAACUACAACCGCCUCCCCACGAUCAUCUAGAUAAUGGUCUUAACGGUGCUACCUCACUGCCUCGCCGCAAGUCAACCCUCAAACCAAGCGAUUUACUCAAUGCUAGCAGAUUCGAAAUUUCCUUACCAUCUUCCGACCGCACUUCCCCCCGACCAUUGACGCCCUCGAACCUCAGCAACCCAGAUGAUCCAUCCUUUUCUCUUCCCAGCAGUCCCAAGUCAUUCUCCAAUCAGUCCCUGAGGCAUCUUGAUGACAUCUCGAUCACCGAUGAUGCAAGCAGUGAGGUUGUCGCGUCAGGAGAAGAAGACAAUGAUUUCCCCACGCCGUGCAAUGUAUGCCUUGAUAGCGCAUCUCAGUUGGUUAUGCCAAGUAUCAGGAUGCCCAGUCGAAGGCCUUUUACAGAUCGAGGGAAGUCAUUGGGCCGUCUGAAGGUGCUAAUAGCAGGUGCUUCUGGCACUGGGAAAACCUCUCUCAUCAAAUCUAUUGUUCAAGCGUGCGAAGAUAUCGUUCACGUCGACCCCUUUCCCUCCCUUUCCCCCUCGACAUCGUCCCGCUCACCUGGCUCUUCAACCCGACCCUCUCAGACACACAGGCAAACUGACAUCAUUGUACAAUAUAUUCGUCAACAGCUUCUCCGAGCGAUGACGUCCCUAAACUCGGCCAAUCAUGAUUUCCAGAAUAUGCUCGCGGGUAAUGGUGGUGCCCAGGUUGACGCUGUCUUAUACCUCAUCUCCGAGGAUAUUGAAUCUAUCCGGAAGCUAUGCGAUUGGACAAACGUCAUACCCGUCGUAUCUAAAUCAGAUCUCUUGUCAUCCAGUCGAGUCUCGGCCCUCAAAUCCACAUUUCAUAAGCAAGCCCAAGAGGCCAACAUCAAACUUUUCCUUUUCGGGGAUGCAUCCCUCGGCAAAGUCGACGGGCUCAGUGCUCAGUGUCCUUUUGCAGUUUCGUCCGCUAAGUCCGACGAUGAUGACGUUAUGGACGCCAGCACCUUGAUGAGCCCGGACUACGCCCAGCCUUUGAUGGCGUCCGAAUUAAUGCUCCUAGUCCAGAUGUUAUUUGACCGAGAAAACAUAGCCUGGAUGCGACAUUUAUCUGCCAAGAAGCUUGCCCUACGGCAACAAGAGCAGUUCUACUGGCAGCAGGAUAAUCUACCAAAUGGCGCCCUUCCCGAUGUUCACACUUUACGAGGCGGCCCCUCUAGUUAUACCAUGGCUCGAAUAUCCGACUAUACUCGUCACGAAGAGAGGUUAGCCCGGGUACAGCUGGCAAAGUGGGCAUCUGACCUUCAGCAAAGCCUACGUAAUGAACGAGAACGAUACGCUACCAUAGCAAGGGGGGAUCGUGCUGUCUGGCUCACGGAGCGACUGGGCGAGUGUGUUAUAGAUGGUUCGUUGGUACCUAUCUCACAGACUCCUGGCUUCUGUGGUCUCCGUGUACCUGUGGAAAAAGCAGGCGGUGGUCUUCUAGUUCGGACACAAAACGGAAAGAUGGUAGAAUGCCGCAUUGCACGUAUAAGCCCUCAUGAUCCCCUGGGUCUAGUUUGGUGGUCUGAGGAUCUCAAGCGACGGGGUUGGACCAUUAUCCAAAUUGAUUGA